AUGGCGACGGAGAUCUUGCGGCCUCAGGACUGCUUGGCCAAGCGGAUAGGAGCCUCCCCGGCGGCUUACCCUCGCCGGAGGAGCUGCAGCUACGGGAACUCCUGUUCUAAUCCCAGGCCUAACAGGAAGCACCACCAGCACCAGCAGAGGAAGCGGUCGGUUACCGGCCAGUCGGAGCCGACGGUCUCCAUGAGAUCGAACCCCGAGGAAGCCGGCCCGGCGAGGCCCGGCGGCCUCGCGAUGGGGAAGGUCACCAUCCUCCGGCGAGGCGAGCCUCUGGACGCGGCGAUUAAGGACGACGCCGGUUCGAAGAGGGAAGGAGGAGGUUCAGUCGUUUCGGGAUUAGGUCCAGGGCCGGAGCUGGUGCGGGAGCAGGUCAUCGGGCCGGAGCUGAGGUCCCCCGGGGUGGCGGCGGGGGGGAAGCCCGUGGUGUACGCCGGAUCGGCUUUCGCCGUGUCGCCCGAGCCGAGCUCGCUGCCUCUGCCGUCGUUUUCGAACAAGAAGAAGCAGGUGCUCCUGGUCGACGAUUCGGCCACCAGAGACCUCCGGAGAAUUCUCCGACUCGAUCUGCUGUGA